AUGAACCGUGUCAAUUCCAUCCGAGUAGAAAGUGGAGCAUGGAUCUGUUAUGAUCACCCUGACUUUAAAGGACAGCAGUACAUUCUAGAGCGAGGAGAGUACCCAGACUUCCAUCGCUGGAACGGACACAAUGACCACAUGGGAUCCAGCAGACCUGUCAGAAUGCAUGGAGAACACUACAGAUUGGAGCUGUUCGAGGGAUGUAAUUUCACUGGUCAGUGCAUGGAGUUCUGUGAAGACUGUCCUUUCCUUCAAGGACGGGGCUGGAACAAAAACUGUGUGAACGCCAUCAAAGUCUAUGGUGAUGGAGCCUGGGUCUUGUAUGAGGAACCCAACUAUCGUGGACGCAUGUACAUUGUAGAAAGAGGAGACUUCCGCACAUUUAAUGAGUGGCAGGCUCAGAGCGCAAACAUUCAGUCCAUCAGACGUGUGGUAAACUACUUCUAA